CGAUAUUAGCUCUCUCCUUAGUCACAUUAGCGGCUCCUUCUCGAACAUUCCUGAGAGAUUAAGCCUGACUUGUUUUUGUGCCUGCGAGAAAGUCACCAUGGUUCCACACUCGUUGUGUAACAAGCUCACAGUCAUCUUUGCGAUCGUUGGGUUGAGUUUUGAGUUCAUUCUUGGAACCUGCAUAGAACGCGACGAACAAAUUCAAAAGUAUUUGACGUCUUCUAAGCCGCCUUUUGACAAUUAUUUCAACAUAUCGAAGGCUGUGUAUCCUUCUGUGGAUCUCCCAUCUUUGCUUAUAAACAUAAGUGUGGUAUUCCUGGAGACAGCUGGCGAAAAGUCAAAUGGAAGUAACAGUUUAAGCACCCUAAAGCGAAAUGUUUCUCGAUCAACUUUACAUUUUACGUGGAGUACGUCGUGCUUGUACGUUAGCGUAGGAGAAAUCAGCUUGGAGUCUAUGAAGUGGUUUUCCCUGGGGGCAAUUUUUCCGAACAGAAGAAAACGUGAAUUGCACAUAACAUUACCAGAACUCUGCAGAGACUCUCCUGUUGACAUAAACAAAACCAUGGAAUACUUCCUCUCCACGGAUAUAGCAGUUAAUCCACUUGUUUUUGAUCCAAGUCGGAACACGGUUGAGUGCAUCAUUCCAGGUCAUGAGAAGGCUCCACCUCUUCCUGGGCUGAAGAAGCUCUUACACACUCUAUGUUGGAGUUUACUUUAUAUUAGCCUCGUGAUGGGUACUUUUACAUCACAGUGGGUGAUAAAGAAGCUGAGGGAAUGGGACAAAGAGGAGAGUUGGAAAAACGAGAGGAGUUGGAAGAAAAUUGCAGCGAUGAUGAUUUCAUCUGUAUUUCUCUUUUUUGGGAGCCUUGCGAUAUUCAUGGCAUGUCAUCACUUGCUAUGGAUUUUACUUGGUGUGAUAACAGAACCAUUUUGGGGUUUUACAAUUUUAGUGGCUGUUAUUUCUGUUUGCACAAUUUUUUUCUUCCUUACUUCCGAGCUCUUUGAUGUUCUUCCAGCACCUCAAAAUUCUGAUCCAACCCGACAUGACCAGCCCAGUGGCGACCAAAAGAUUGUAUUUAUCAUGUCUUUAAUUCGUUCCUUUGCCGUUCUGUCUGCGUUUGUGUUGUUGUUACUAGUUUUGUUUGCUGUUGCACAGGUUUUUCUUAGCGAAAGUUUGGUUGCUACGUUGGUUCAAAAUGCGUUGACGUUUUUUGUAACUGCAUGGUUGGGAUAUCUGGGGCUCAAAAAGGAGAUAAUCACAGGGGAUUUAAAAAUAAAAAGGAGUGAAAAUAAUGGAAACAAUGGUGUGAGGACAGAGGAAGGCAUAAGCUUGUCUGUUCAGGGAGACGCAGGGCCCAGUACCUAG